AUGAAUAUUAAUAAUGCUGCGGUAAAUGCUUGCCAAGCUAUAGGUAUUGGACAUACACAGUUAGCAGAACUAUCAGGAUUUCUUUAUUUGCCUGCAUUGUCGAGUACUGGUUUUUUGCGUGUUCAAACCGAGGUAGCUGAAAUAGUUCACGCUACAGCUUGGGACGAAAUGAAGAAAGCCGGUGAAGAAGAAAGGAGAUUGGCAAUAGAAUCUGGUAGCUUGGAUGUGGAUGGGAUACCAAUUAUUACAGUGGUCGCGGACGGGCAAUGGUCCAAACGAAGCUAUAAAACCAAGUACGAUGCACUAUCAGGCGCGGCAUCAAUAAUUGGUUAUAGAACCCAAAAAGUUUUAUUUGUCGGGAUUCGAAAUAAAUAUUGCAUAAUUUGUCAAAGGUCUUCAAGUAUGAAGGAUAAAGAAAAACUUGUACAUACAUGUUUCCUCAACUGGAAAAAGGCUUCAACUUGCAUGGAAGCAGAUGGUGUGCUACAAGGAUUUUCCAACAGCGUUGGAAUGCAUGGUCUUAAAUACAAUUGUUUAAUUGGUGAUGGAGAUAGUAGCGUUACUAAGCGGUUAGCCGAAAGUCGACCAUAUGGCUUUAACUUUACAAUAAGAAAAAUUGAGUGUAAAAACCAUCUUAUGAGAAAUUAUGCUUCGAAACUAACAACACUAGCUAGAAAUUCGAGUUACCCUCUUCGUGUUCGCAAAUUUAUAUUAUCAAACAUUAAGAGAUUUAGAUGUGAUGUUCAGAUGGCAGCAUUACAUUGGAGAAAAGAAAUCAAUACUACCAAAACACAAAAAAUUAAAGGUCUCAGAAGUGAUUUAAUCAAUGCACCAUAUCACAGACUUGGUUAUCAUUCAAAUUGUAGGUCAUAUUUUUGUGAUCGAUCAAAAAAAAUUCAAUUAAAUUUAGUCCCAGAAGCUGAAACUAGUGGAAUGAUGAGGGAAAUAGUGAACAUUGCUUCAAGGCUUGUAACUAAUGCGGAAAGUUUAUUAGAAAAUAAUACUUCUAAUAUCUGUGAACAGUUUAAUUCUGUUAUUAAUAAACACAUUGCCGGAAAACGAUUGAAUUUUAGUAGUAGAGGUAAUUAUAAUACGAGAGUAGAAGCUGCGAUUGUGUCAUUUAAUUCCAAACAAUAUUUAAGACAAAUUCAUAAAACAUUAACUAAAUGUAGUCCAGGAAUAUUUGGAAAAAAGUUUUUGAAGAACAGUCAAAGAAUACGGCUUAAUACCAGUAAAAGAAGGCAAUUAUUUCCGGAAAAAAGAAAAGCUAAAAAAUCUAAAACGGAUGGAGAAGACGAAGAUUAUGGACUGGCUGAACCUCUAAUAGAAUUUUUUUCAUCAGAAGAAAUGGAAAACAAAAAAAUUACAUUUUUAGAAGAAUUAGGUCGAGCUGAUGUAAAAAAAAUCGAAUUUGAAACUCGAGAACAAAGCAACAGUGAAAUGUGGUACAACGAACGUAAAAUACGACUAACAGCUUCAAGAUUUGGUCAAAUUUGUAAAAUGCGGUCAAACACUAGCUGCAAAAAUGUAGUUCAUAAUAUUUUAUAUGCUUCUGACAGUCUACAAACAAAAUCGGUACAGUAUGGUAGAGAAAUGGAGACUUUAGCUCGUCAAAAAUUUGAACAAUUGUCGAAAGAAAAAAUUUAUGAGAAUGGUUUGAUUAUAGAUCCAGAAUUUCCAUUUCUAGCUGCCAGCCCAGAUGGUCUUAUUGGUGAACAUUAUUUAUUGGAAAUAAAAUGUCCAUAUUCUGCUCGUGAUUCAAUCGAUGCCAUUGAAGCAGUGAACAGUAAACUUCUACAAUAUUGCAAAGUUGAAGGGCAAGAAAUUAAAUUGAAAAAAGAACACGUAUAUUACUACCAAAUAAUGGGACAAUUACACGCUACUAAAAGAAAAAAAUGCUUUUUUGUGAUAUACACUGCCAAAUGGAUCAGUAUAGAAGAAAUAUACUUUGAUCAAUCAUUUUGGGUUUCUAAAAUGUCUGAGCCGCUACAAACGUUUUAUAUGAAGUCUUUAUUACCCGAAAUUAUUGAUCCACAAUUCCCUAAAAGAAUGCUGAAAUCAGAUAUUCGAGAACCAGACCACAUAAAAAAAAAAAAAUGA